AACAUCCACGAGGACUUUCAGUCCACAGUGUCCAUAUUUUCGUCUUAUACAUGGCCAGCCUGCUCUUUCUGGCUUGAGUCCUCAGUCUCUGGCAGGAUAUGCACUGAAUUGAACAUCCGCCAAAAGAAUGCGCACCAUAAGCACAACUCUCAAGUCCACCAGUAGGUGGAAAUAACACACAUGAAACCAGAUUAAACAACCAAUUUUGAACAUUGCAAUCACAUAAUAAUUACAUUUCAAUGUGACAGCUACAGGAGUGGUUUGUACCUGAUAAAUAAAAUCUAUCACAACAACAAGUGAAACAGUGAAAUAAUACCCAGGCUUUUACAUUUACCAUUUCCAUUACAUCAAAGUUUUAAUUCAUCAGUAUCAGUCUGACAUUUUUAUUUUACUUCCUCUUUUUGUUGAAAUGUUAAUUCUGUUCAAUAUUUCAGUCAAAGAAAAUAUUCUUAGUGCUGCUGCUUCUGUCUGUAGAACUCAUGUUGUCCUUUGUUGUCCUCUCAGUCCCCCAGGUGGAGGUGGAUUCAGGGGUGGAGUCUGUUCAGCUGGCCUGCAAAACCACACGUCUCCUCCCUGAAGACGCUAAAGUGGAGUGGAUGGACAGUAAUUUUGAAAAGGUCCACGUGUAUAAGAAUGGCUCUUAUCGGCCUGAAGAACAGCACCAGGUUUACAGAGACCGAACAAAGAUGAAUGAAGAUCUGCUGAAAACUGGAGACCUCAGUCUGACCCUGGAGAGACCCACAGAUGGAGAAGCAGGCAAAUACACCUGCACCGUCUACAACAAGGAGAGAAAAAUCCUGCUGAAGAAACAGGUGGAGCUCCAGUUCAGAGUCCCCCAGGUGGAGGUGGUUACAGAGGUGAAGUCUAUCCAGCUGCCCUGCAAAACUACAAUUCACCUGCCCAGAGACACAAAGGUGGAGUGGAUGGUCAAAAGCUCCAAGAAGGUCCACGUGUAUCAGAACGGCUCUGACUGGCCUGAAGACCAGGACCACAGUUACAGAGGCCGAACAGAGCUGAGGAGAAACCUGCUGAAAACUGGAGACCUCAGUCUGACCCUGAAAUACCCCACAGACUGGGACACAGACACCUACACCUGCACCGCCUACAACAACAGGAAGAAGAUCCUGAUCAAGAAGGAAGUGGUGCUGAAAGUCAAAGUCCCCCAGGUGGAGGUGGAUUCAGGGGUGGAGUCUGUCCAGCUGCCCUUCAACACCACACUUCACCUGCCUGAAGACGCUAAAGUGGAGUGGAAGGACAGAGGCAGCAGGAAGGUUCACGUGUAUAAGAACGGCUCUGACCAGCCUCACAAACAGCACCAGGCUUACAAAGACCGAACGAAGAUGAAUGAAGACCUGCUGAAAACUGGAGACCUCAGUCUGACCCUGAAAUAUCCCACAGAUGGAGACAACAGGACCUACACCUGCACCGUCUACAGCAGGGAGGGAAACAUCCUGCUGAAGAGAAAGGUGGAGCUGAAAGUCAGAGUCUGUCAGGUGGAGGUGGAGGAGGGGGCGGAGUCUGUCCAGCUGCCCUUCAGAACCACACAAAACCUGCCUGAAGAUGCUAAAGUGAGGUGGAGGGAAAAUAAAUUUUUAGCCUGA